AUGAGUCAGCUCUCGCGUUUAUUAACAAAGACUUGCGAUUACGCAAUCAUUAUUCAAGUGAGCAAAGUUCGCCUUUCAACAACGCAAAGAGGAAGCAAAGUAGUAGUGUCUGCCGAAAUGGACCUAAACCUACCUGAAACAACCGCAAUUAACAAUUCCAACACUUUAACCACAGGCUGUUUUAAAGUGGGCGCCAACGGACUUUGCGACGUAGAUACGCCUCUCUGUUAUUUUCUGUCCGAGAAAGAAUUCUUCAGACUCUGGAAAGAGAAUACUACCGUUCGGUUGCAUGUGAAAAAGCAUAUCAAUGCAGCUACCGAAGCAGAAGUGGCAAGGUUCGAUAUUGGGUUAUCAAGCAGUGAAAGAAUCACUGAUGAGACAAGUGAAGGCAGAAUAGAUAGGAUCAACCAAUAUUUGGAAGUGUAUGAUAUUUGGCAUCAGCCUACAGUGUCAUCAUUAGACACUGCAAUUCAGGAGCGUGCAUUAACGCUUCAAGCAGGAAUUUUUUAUGCAAACAUGUCAAAUCUCACGUAUACGAAUGUAGUUAUUGAUAAACAAAUGGCUGCUGCUGGUGGUUUUCCUGUCACAGCAUCCACAGCUCAUGAUAUUCAAAAAUCAUUAAUUACUGAACAACGAUAUGAAAACAUGAUUGAAUCAAACGGACGACAGCAUGAGCCACAAAAGAAGUUUCAGGGCCAUAGCAACAAUAACAAAAUGAAUUCCAUCAUGCUGCCUCUGUAUGCCGCUAUGAAGAAGUGCAACAAUGCUAUCUUUUACAAGGGAAGUAGAAAUCGAUAUGGUAGCAUCCUUGAUUUUGACAGCACUGAAGUUUACGCAAUCCUUCGUACCAAUGAAAAUCUUCUUCCUUCAUCACGACUGUCAAACUUGCAUACAAGUGAUGGUACAAUUGCUGCAACCACGAAGGUGCAAUCAAAUGUGUCCUACAGAAAAACAAGACAGAGAAUUCACAGCACGUAUUCUAAAAUGGAAGAUGAGACUGAAACGUGCUCUAAGAUACUAUGGACACUGGUGCCUAUGUUAAAUUGGCAACUGCAACGAUUAGAUCAACUUCCUGCUACGACUUGUUCUCUGAGGCAAAGACACAUAAACUUUUCUUUAGGGAAGCUCUUCCAGUACUGCAUUUUGAGAUACUGGCCGCAUAUAGUACACAAUAACAGUCCUGGUUCUUAUCCAUUCAUAUGAAAAUUUUAUUUGAAGAAAUCAUCAAUAAUCUACGUCCGAUCUGUACACAAAAACCUUCUCAAAUAAAUUAUGGUUGCUAAUUAACUUUGCAUCCAAGCCACACAUAGAUAAACUAUCCAACAGAAUUGUUGUCCAAGAACCUUGAACAACGGAACCAACAAAAUUUUCCGCUGCGUUUAAUAUUGGUUUUUGUCGAGUUUUUCUACAGCAGUACAUCUGUUCGUUGCUAGGUUGUUCCAGCAAAAUCAACAAGUGAAGGGAAUUACCUUUUUAAACAGCGGAAAUGUGGGGAAGGAAGCAGUAGAGCAACUUUAAAGAUGAAACGCGC